UGUUAGGGGUAUUGGGAGCUAAAGCCAGCUCGCUACCAUCAAAAUGCUGGCUGCUUAUGGUCUGCAAGGCUUUUGCCUUGCAGGUCUCUCUGGAGGUUCACGGCGAGUCAUCCGCCCCUCUUGCAAAGGUUGCAUCUUUGCAGCGGACACUGUACCUCAGCAGUGGCCCUAGUGAUGCAAUCAUUCUCAAUGGGAUCAAUGACUCCAGCGCUCAGGGACCUUCCAGAAUGACUUGGGGGUAUUGCAAGUCAAGUCCUGGAGUCUUUCCUUUGUCUAGGGCCUUUGCUGCUGCACAUGUGUUCCCUAGUAAUCUGGCCUGUGUUCACCUUCAGUAGGAAAAUCUCAAUAGAAAUGACACUAAGCUUUGCAACGAGCUUUCUCUUCCUUUAAAACGUGUUUGGAAAUGGAUUUCAUCUUUGCACCUAAGCAUCUCUGAUUCAAGGGAGCUCAUUUGUGACAGUGGGAAGGACUUUUGAGAAGAUGCCAGGCAUUCCUUAGAUCCAUGUUACCUGCUUCCAGUCAGUGCCUGAAACUUAUGAAUGUGUUUAGCCCCUGUCUCCCCUCCACCAGAAUGUAAGCCACUGGAGGGCAGGAAACUUAUUUUAGUCACCACUGUUACCCCAGUGCUACCAGAACAAGAACACUGCCAGUCAUGUAGUAGAUGCUCAAUAAAUAUUGGCUUAAUUGAAUAACAGACUACAAGCAAUGUGGCAAUAAGCAACACAGCCAGCAGCCAUAUCUUGGUAUCUCCUGAAUUAUCUGUUGCCCCAAAGAUCCAGAAACGGAGAUGAUCUCUCAUCACCAGGGUCUGGACUUUAUUUCCAAUCAUUGCUCUCUCCUCUGUGUCAGUCUGCAUGUCAGAGAAACUCAUGCUCCGGGCCCUUCACCGUUAUCUCUUGGGGACUCCGUGUCGGAGACAUCAUUGUCGAGGGGCACUGUGGACUCCAUGGGCAGCUCCUCUGCCCGGGGCUCAGCCGAAAAAGGCAGUGACUUCCCUCUUACCUCAAAGGAAGAACGGGCAGUGCUCCCAGGACGCUGUCCUUGGACGCCUCUGUUCACAAGCUCCAAGACUGCUUUGGCUGCGCCCCUGUGUCGUGAGGCUGACAAUGUUUUUCUCAAGCCUUCCCAGCCGACAGCUUCCACUGAUGCAGGUGCUAUUCAAGUCGGUGGAAGAACUCUUUCUUCAAAUUCCUUCUCACCAGAGGCAUUCGUGCUCCCUGUGGAUGUAGAAAAGGAAAAUGCUCACUUUUACAUUGCAGAUAUGAUUAUAUCAGUCAUGGAGAAUGUGAAGUGUAGUAUUCUGAGUCAACAGCACACAGAGACCUGGAGUACAGGAGAGGCCAGCGGGUCACUCGGGAACAAGCCAGCGGACUCGGAAGUGACGUUUUAUAGCCACAUAAAGCAGGGAUCUGGCUCUUCCACUUCGUCCCACAGUGGCUCUGAAGGUUGUGCUGUGUUACAGGUCAGCCCAGUGGCUGAAACACCUCCUUACGAUGUGAUGAAAGAGGACUGCAAAUGUGACUUGGAGGAAUUCGUUAUCGUAGAACUUGGAGAUUUCAGCAAUACCACAGAGACCUGUGGAUGUUCCUGCAGCUCCUCUAAGAGUGUCAUUUAUGAGCCAAACUUCAAUUCGGCUGAGCUAAUAGCCAAGGAGUUAUACCACUUAUUCAAGAAGUGCUGGAUGUCAGAAGUUAAUUAUCAGCUGGCAGGCUCCCUGAAUACAGCUGGCUCCAUAGUUGUAAAUGAAGAAUGUGUCCAGAAAGACUUUGAAUCCAGCACGGAUGUAGUACAGGAAAUUAAAUUGAAGUCGAGGAUCAGAGAGACUGGAGACUGGGCGCCCCCUAGGUUUCAAAUCAUAUUUAAUGUUCAUCUACCGCUCAAGAGGGAUCUCAUGGUAGCAGCCCAAAAUUUUUUUUGUGCUGGCUGUGGAACUCCAAUAGAACCUAAAUUUGUGAAGCGGCUCCGCUACUGCGAAUACCUGGGCAAGUAUUUCUGCGACUGCUGUCACUCGUACGCGGAGUCUUGCAUCCCUGCCCGGGUCCUCAGGAUGUGGGACUUCAGGAGGUACUAUGUCAGCAAUUUCUCCAAACGGCUGCUGGACAGCAUAUGGCACCAACCCGUCUUCAAUUUGCUGCACGUAGGCCACGGCCUGUAUACGAAGGCCAAGGAGCUGGACAGAGUAAGGGAAAUCCAGGAGCAGCUAUUUCAUAUCAGGAAGCUGUUGAAGACCUGCAGGUUUGCUGAAAGCACAUUAAAGGAGUUUGAACAGGUGCCGGGGCACUUGACUGAUGAGCUUCACCUGUUCUCCCUGGAGGACCUGGUCCGGGUCAAGAAGGGGCUGCUGGCGCCCUUGCUCAAGGACAUUCUGAAAGUUUCCCUCGCGCACGUGGCCAGCUGUGAGCUGUGUCAAGGAAAGGGUUUCAUUUGUGAAUUUUGCCGGAGUACAGCUGUCAUCUUCCCGUUUCAGACCGCAACGUGUAGAAGAUGUUCAGCAUGCAGGGCUUGCUUUCACAAGCAGUGCUUCCAGUCCUCCGAGUGUCCCCGGUGUGCGAGGAUCACAGCAAGGAGGAGACUUUUGGAAAGCGUGCCUUCGGUGGCGACCUCAUGCCCUUGACUGUUGUGAGAAAGACUGUGAAACACUUGUUAUGAUCACGUCUCCUAUUGAUAAGAUCGUUUUAUUAUUGUCUAUUAAGAAAAAAAGAUGGCCAAUAUUCUCUUUAUUAUGUAUAUUUAAUAUUUUACAAGAAUGCAGAUUCUUUGUUGUUAAGCAUAGGGUUGUUACUGGUGAUUUUGUUUACAAAUGUUCAAUGUUGUUGCUGCUACUGGUUUUUUAAGGUGUUUUUUUUUCUUUUGAUACUUCUUAAAUUGGAUUUGAAUAGUUGUAUUUAGCUAAUGGUGGAGCCUAUUUUUUAUGAAUUGUAACUAACAAGACAAAUUACUCAGUUCCUCUUCCCGCAAAGCUUGUUUUGUGAAAGGGAUUGGUACUUUCAAGGAACAAAAAGGCAACCAAAAAUCUGUUUGCUCAGGCUUUUUUUUCCAACUUAACUUCCAUUUUGUAAUUGUAGCAGUCUUACAGAUUUACUUA